AUGACCUGCAGCAUCCGCAGUCGACUGGCCGAGUACCUGGAAGAACUCCGGGACCCAGAGCUGCGGAAAUUCAAGUUCCACCUGGAGGACUUGGCCCCCGCGGCGGGCUGGGCCCCCAUCCCCUGGGGCCGGACGGAGAAAGCCGAUUCCCUGGACUUAGCCCAUCUCCUGGUCGCCCAUGUCGGAGAGCGGGGUGCCUGGGAGCUGGCGGUCCACGUAUUUGAAAGGAUACACAGGAAAGAUCUGUGGGAGAGAGCCAGGGCAGAGGCGGUGGUGAGGGAUUUGUCGGUGUCGGCUUUGGGAUGCCAGUGGGAGCAGAGAAGAAGAGCAGAGCACCUGGUUGAGCCCCACGAAGCAGAAGCGACGAGAGACCCCCGGGACGUGUACCGGGAGCACAUCCGACGGAAGUUCCGGUUCAUUGAGGACCGCAACGCCCGGCCGGGGGAGUGCGUGAACCUCAGCCAGAGGUACACCCAGCUGCUGCUGAUGGAGCGGCACCCCACCCCCCAGGACGCGGCCCCCGAAUCGCCGACCGCCCGGCUGGAGGCCGCGGGGGCCCCGGAGCGCCAGCCGGGCCCAGUGCAGGUGGAGACCCUGCUGGAGCCGGACGCCUCCUGGCCGGAGCCGCCCCGCACGGUGGUCCUACAGGGGGCCGCGGGCAUCGGCAAGUCCAUGCUGGCCCGGAAGAUCAUGCUGGACUGGGCCGAGGGCCGCCUGUACCGGGCCCGCUUCGACUACCUCUUCUACAUCAGCUGCAGGGAGAUGAGCCGCGUGGGCCGCAGCAGCCUGGCCGGCCUCAUCUCCGGCCGCUGGCCUCGACGGGAGGCCCCGCUGGCGGACAUCGUGCGGAGGCCGGAGCGGCUCCUCUUCGUCAUCGACGGAUUCGACGAGCUAGGCCGGUCCCCUCGGAGGCCCCCGCCGGGCCGGCGGGCCGGCGGCUGGAAGGCCAAGCUGCCCGUGGCCAGUCUCCUGGGCGGCCUUCUGGGGAAGGACCUGCUGCCCGAGGCGUCCCUGCUGAUCACCACGCGGCCCGCGGGCCUGGCCCGGCUGCAGCCUCUGCUGGAGCAGCCUCGCCACGCCGAGAUCCUGGGCUUCUCGCGGGCCGGCCGCCGGGACUACUUCCACAAGUUCUUCGGGGACGGCCGGCGCGCCGCCCGGGCCCUGGGCUUGGUGCGGGACGUCGAGGCCCUCUCCGCCGUGUGCUUCGUGCCCCUGGUCUGCUGGAUCGUCUGCACGUGCCUGAAGCAGGAGAUGGAGCGCGGGGAGCCCCCGGGCCAGCCGUCCAAGACCACCACCUCCGUCUACGUCUUCUACCUCCUCAGCCUGCUGCAGCCGGACCCGGGGGGCUCCGGGCCCCGGGGUCGCCCCGUCCUGGCCCCGCUCUGCUCCCUGGCCGCCCACGGCGUCUGGGCCCGGAAGGUCCUCUUCGACGAGGGCGACCUGAGGAGGCACGGCCUGGCCGGGUCCGACGUCUCGGCCUUCCUCAACCUGAGCGUCUUCCAGAAGGACAUCCACUGCCAGAGGCUGUACAGCUUCAUCCACCGGAGUUUCCAGGAGUUCUUCGCCGCCCUCUUCUACCUGACCGGCGGGGACGGGCGGGAGGGCGGGAGGGGCUCCCGCCACAGCGUGACCCGGCUCCUGGAGCAUUAUGGCAGAUCCGAGACCAGUUACCUGGCCCUGACCGUGCGCUUCCUCUUCGGGCUCUUGAACGAGGAGAACAAGAGCUACCUGGAGCGGCAGUUUGGGUGUCCGCUCUCCCCCACGGUCAAAGGGGAGCUGCUGGCCUGGAUUGAAGCCAGGGCUCAGAUCGGGGGCCGGACCCUGGAGCGGGGGACGCUGGACCUCUUCUCCUGCUUGUACGAGACCCAAGAGGAAGGUUUCAUCCGGCGGGCGCUGGACCCCAUCCAGGUCGUCGUGGCCCGCGACCUGUCCACCAAGAUGGACCACGUGAUCUCGGCCUUCUGCGUGGGCAACUGCCGGAACGCGUCUGUCGUCCACCUGGGCAGCGUCGAGUUCAGCUCGGAGGAGGCCGCGGAGGGCCAGGGGCCUGUGGGGACGGAGGGGACGCACCUCGGGGACCAGCCUCUGUCGCCUGUGGAGAGGUGUUGGCUGCCGGACACCUACUGUGAGCAUCUCUCCUCCGCCCUGAGGACCAACCAAAACCUAGCGGAGCUCGUCCUCGAUCUCAACGCCCUGGGAAACCAGGGAGUGAAGCUGCUCUGUCAGGGUCUGGGACACGCCAACUGCAAACUGCAGAACUUGGGCUUGAAGAAAUGCCGCUUUUCAAGCGCGGCCUGUCAGGACAUCUCUUCUGCGCUCAGCGCCAACCAGAACUUGGUGAUGAUGGAUCUGAGUAACAACGCUCUGGGGGACGUCGGGGUCAAGCUGCUCUGUGCGGGGCUGAGACACCCGAAAUGCCGGCUCCAGUCACUCCAGUUGAAAAAGUGCUACUUCGGCUGGGCCGCCUGUGAGGAUCUCUCCUCCGUUCUCAGCACCAACCCGCAUCUUAUGGAGCUGGACCUGACCGGCAAUGCCUUGGGUGAUGCAGGGGUGCAGCUGCUGUGUGUGGGAAUGAAGCAACCAUCUUGUCGACUGAAGACGCUAUGGCUAAAGAUCUGUCAUCUGACAAGGGCCUCCUGCGUGGAGCUGGCUUCCGUUCUCAGCAUGGACUGCAGCCUGACAGAGCUUGACUUGAGCCUGAACGAUUUGGAGGAUGCGGGCGUUCGCCUACUCUGUGAGGGACUUGGCCAGCCCAAGAGCAAACUGCAAAAACUCAGGUUGGGGAUUUGCCGGCUGACGUCAGCUGCCUGCGGGGCCAUCUCCACGGCCCUCGGGCCCAACGGCCACCUCAAGGAACUGGACCUGAGCUUCAACGACCUGGGGGACGGAGGAGCCCAUCAGCUCUGUGGCGGGCUGAACCACCCCAACUGCAAACUGCAGAAGCUCUGGUUGGACAGUUGCUGUCUCACUGCCAUUGCCUGUGAGAGUCUUUCUUCAGUCAUCGCCAAACAUCAGACUCUGACCAAACUGUACCUGACCAACAACGCCCUGGGCGACGCCGGAGUUGGCCUGCUGUGUGAGAGACUCAAUCAGCCGACGUGCAAACUGCGGACGCUCUGGUUGUUUGGGAUGGAGCUGAAGGCGGAGACCCAGAACACUCUGGCCGCCCUUCGCAGGACCAAGCCCCACUUGGACAUCGGCUCCUGAACCCGCAGCCCCGCAAGUCCCCCCGCAGCAGCAGAGGGUGGGAAUGGGGGGAGAUUCCGGACACUCGUGGGAGGCCGCGGAGGAGGGAGAGGGAAAGGAGAGCAGAAAUUCCUUCCCGCGGAAGGCCGGGAUUACGGUGGUGCACGGGUCCGUCUGCUCCCUAAGGCAAGAUGCCCACUUUCCCCUCUCCCGCCGGUUUCCUCUGCUCCUUGGAAAUGCCAAUUGACCGGAUACUUUUUGUUUCUUCAUGUUUUAUUAAA